UCCGUCUGUCUGCACUGAUCGGUCUCUCCUGCAGGGCUCUGGAUGUGGAGCUGCAUGUCCUGAGCACACAGAACACUGCUCAGGCACAGGAGGGCUUCCUGGGACUCACACAUCCUUCCAGGGUGCAGUAAAGCUGAGCAGCACGAGCGGACCUCUGCCUGAACUCCAGCUUUCUCAGCUUGAAGCUUCCCAGCACUUGGUCUGGAAGUUGUUUUCUUUUUGACUGGGGAAAGAUAAAGAAGAGAUGUAACAGCUGCUAUUUGAUGCCCACACAGGGAGAUAACCCAGGGCUGGGUCGGGUGACCCUUCUGGGAUCACGGAGGUCCACCAGUGCCCGGCAACGGGAUGGGCUCUGCCUGCAUCCCAUGGCUGUGCCUCCUGCUGCUGGCCCUGCCCACUUCAGAUGCAGGUAUUGCUGUGUCCAGGGCUAACCGUGCUGAGGGGGCAGGUGGCUCUCCCAUCAUCAGAACCACUGUGACAGUCUACUACUGUAAAGACUGUGGGAGAGAAAGAUGUGAACCAUCCAAUUACGCAGACUUUAAAAUAAUUGGCAGAACAGAAGAAGAGGUAUUUUCAAAUGAAGUUAUUCAGCUGGUGACCAAUGAAACACACAUUACUAUGUGUUUUCAGCAAGAAAACACAUAUCGUGAUGGAGCUUAUGCCAUUUUCUGGGUGAAGGACGGGGGAUUAGGAGAUCCGUGUGGCAUCCUGAAGUCUGGAGCUUCCCUUGAAGACAGGAGACGCAGCGUAAUGGAGGAGGGGAAAAUCUGCUGUGAAACAAAGACAGAUCAUACAAACCCUCACAAUGUCCUGAAGUGGUACAUUGGAGUGGCAGAUGAGAAAACUACAAACACAACAGAUGACAUCAUUGCUUAUGGAGCUCUAGAUAAUCAUCAAUAUUCAGUUGGGGAAAAGAAGCAAACUGGCCUCACUGCCGUGUUCCUGAUUCUUGGGAUUUGUGCAGGAGGAGCAGCACUGCUGUCCAUGUAUUAUUACAAGAGGCGGACCCAGAAACGUCAAGGACCUAUCGUACUGGUUCAGCAGACUCUUCCAGAUAUUUUUCCUUCAGUUCUCACCUGCUAGAUUAAACAAACAAGUUUCUGAAAGCCAAAACCUCAUAGUUAUUCGACACACCAUCUGCAAAAGAGAAAACGUCAGCUGCGCACCCCUUAGCAAUGAAGCACAGCCACCAGCUGAAGAAACCCUUUUAGACAGGACCUCACAGUAAUGUUCAUAAAUGUGCCUCCACCACUCCCAGGUAUUUCUUGAGGACUGAGAUUGCCCAAGAUGUUCAGCUCCAGGCCUUCACCAGCAAUGCUAGAAACUUCCUGAAGCUCCUGUCCUGUACUCCCUUGGUGCUUGGCUGAGGGCCACCGUCAUCACAAGGCUGAGUAGCUGGCUCAGCAGCUCAGCCUUAGACCAGCUGACUCCUCCCAAUGGAUGAUCUGACAGUUUCAACCAUGCAAACCAAAGUUGUUUGGAGAACUGCGUCUGUGCUCAGGAGAAGUGUGUGCUGAACUGCAACAGAUGUACUCUAUAUGUUUUCCGUGUCAUAAUGCAAUGCCAUGGCUGUGGUUCUUCAUCCUUGAGCUCCCAAGUGGUCUCUGCGCUUACACAAGAAGGCAUUUAGUGAGGUGACUGUUUGUUUAAGAACAGAGGCCUGAUCUUCAAAGCAGAUGUCCGAAACCGAAAUUGAAAUGUUAAUCAUGAAUGACAACAAAAGAUAUGUUAAAAAUUAACUUCAGAAAUACAGAAAAGUGUCUGUUCUUCUACUUCGCUCUUAUUAGAUGCAAGAGACUAGAGCUUUCCACAACCCCAGCCAUAGCAGUGGGGGCUUUACGCUCCUGCUGACCUAAAGUAAUCUUAACUUGGCUCUCUAAUGUGGUCUUCUAAUGGGAAAAAUGCAUGUCUGCAUUUUAUACAACUUCAUGUUCUUAUGCGUGCUGUUCAAAUUGAUGGUUGAUGUCCUUUUUUUUUUUUUUUCUGUAGGCCCUCUUUUCUUUGUAUACCCUCAGGUUCUGAGUUCUUUGGGAAAGGAACAAGAUAUUUGAGAACUUACAUUGUAUUAACUUGUAGGAUUCAGAUUUAAUAGUGAGCAGAUUUAAUUUCUAAUCUUUAACACCAGUUGGAGCCAGAGAGCUGGUCAAGUUUUUAGAAGCAAGCUUACCUGCAUGAGCUUACCUGUUCAGCUGUCAACCACAAGAUGCAGUCACAAGCUGGUCUUUGUGGCUCACCCAGACACCUUUCCUUCCAUUUCUUCCACCUUUCAGCUGGCUAUUAUGCAGCUGUGAUGUUGAGAGGUGUCACUACCAGCUGUUCCGCUUUGUAGCUCCUGGGCUCUGUUUUCCUGGUAACACCAAUUAUUCAGUGUCUUGGGGAAAAAUUACUUUAAUGAUCUAUGCUCUUUGCUUGAAGCAAAUGAUUUAUGUUAGUUUAUGUGAACUUUUACAAAUAAAUAUAUGCAUGCAUAUACACAUUUCUUAAAUAAAGAUUGAGAAUACCAGGCAGCUUGACUUGGUAAGUGGCAUAAUUUGACAACUGUAAUUUAGUUUUCAUGAGUUUUGUGUUCUUAUGCUCACAAAAUUGUUAAGGUUGGGGAAGACCUCUAGAUCAUCCAGACCAGCCAUCCACCUACCACCAAUAUUGCCCACUAAGCCACAUCUCCACGAUUCUUGAGGACCUUCAGGGACAGUGACUCCACCUCCUCACUGGGCAGCUGUGCCAAUGCCUGACCAUUCUGUUAGAGAAGAAGCAAGCUGAACCUCCCGUGGCUAAAUUCUCAUGACAAUACAAUGUCAACUUAAAAGUUGGCUAUUCACUGGUAACCCUGUGUUGAUCUUGUUGUCUUUUGGCUUGUUUAUGUUUGCAUUCCCAUGUGAAUUUGGGUUUCUUCAUGGUAAUUCAUGAAAAUUUCUCAGCUUUUGAGCAUUCAAGAAUUCUUUGGGAACACAUUUGGUUCCUAUCCAUUCACAGAGACAACUGUACUGCAAGAAGAGCUGUUCCUCAUUAUCAGGGAGAGAGCAGGAGCAAACUGUACCUGAGAUUUCCUUUUGCUGAUGGUUAGCAGCUACAGAAUGUCAUUCAGUGGGAAGCCAGAUCCACAUGAGGACACAGCAUAGAUAAGCAUAGAACACCCUCAGAUGGAAGACACCCACCAGGAUCAUCAGGUGCAACCCUGGCUACCACCCAGAAUUUAAACCCUGUGUCUGAGAGCGAUGUCCCAAUGCACCUUAGUCAUGCUGGUAAGGCAGUGGGAGCACUGAUUGUCUGUAUCCAAUGCACUGAGUGCCCACGCUUCUAGCAGGGUGACCAUAUGUGAUAACAUCCCGACGUGGCAGGGUGAGGAGCAGCUCUGAGCCCAGCUUUCCUCAGCUGACUGCAGUGAGACGUGGGUGCUUCUAUUCACAAGUUAGGGGUUGUUCAGUUGUAAGAAACUGUGGGCGUUGUACGUAUGAAGUCAAAACCUCUGUUAUAAAUCUUUCCCUGCUCUCUUAAGCUGCUGGGGAGGGAGAGCUACUUUCAUUUAGUCAACAGCUGGUGUAGCCGGAAGAUCACAGGCCAAGUUUUGACAUGCACUUUGGGUCUUUAACUCGUCAGUUGAGUUAAACUGAGAACAUCGGCUAAAAAGACCUUUGAAGAUGCAGUGGACGUCCCCUCUCCCAUUUGUGUAUCUCUUAUUUCUGCUUCUCCCGUUCUUCCGUGGCCAAAAUGGUGAAGAAAAUAAAAUUACUGAUUGGUCAACAGACAUUAUCAGUGUUUGGGAAGGAGACACCAUUAAUUUAACUUGUUCAAAGAACAGUUCAGAAAAUGAAGUGGGGACACAAUUGAGGAUUAGAGCGCCGCCAACCAAUAUUAUAUACUUUUCCACCAAGUAUGCUCCAUAUAUAGACCCGGCUUUUGCUAAUCGCACCAAGUAUUUAAACGAAGGAACAAAUCUCACAAUCACUGUGCACAACGUACAGAAAUCUGAUUCAAAUAUCUACCUGUGCAUCCACUAUUCUGUAGUAAAUGAGCGUCACUUCAAGGAAUUUGGGAAGGCAGUCAUUCUGGUUGUGAAAGCUAAAAGCAGUGGGGUCAUUGAACAGUCACCACUGUCUGUCCAUGCUCAACAAGGGGAGUCUAUCAACAUUACCUGUGUGUUGAAAAGCUCGAAUGAAGAUGAAGAGAUCAUGUUGCUCAGGCUUCACAGGCAACUUGAAAAAGUGUUGUACGUUUUAAGUCAGAAGACUACAACUAUUUCUCCCACUUUUGCUAAUCGCUUGGAGUAUUCAAAGCAAGAGAAGAAACUAGUGAUAACUCUCCACAACCUACAGGAAAACGAUACCGACAUAUAUGUAUGUGCUGCGGUGCUGAAAAAUUCCUCUUUCUCAGUCAGCGAAAGUGGCACCAUGGUGCUGGUUAAAGGUGAGAAGCAGACAGCAUGCAGUAUCAGUUCCUUGGCCAUCUACAUUCCUAUCAUUGUGGUAGCGCUGCUGUUAUCUGCACUGAUAUGCUUCAUCUUGAACCGUAUCAAUAAGAAGAAAUUUGUCCAGAAAAGGAAAAUAGAUGGAGUGUAUGAAGAUAUGUCUUUCAGUUCUAGAAGCAACACCUUAGUCAGAAACUAACACUUACCCAACUGACAAUUAAGCUGCUGUGAGGUGGGACCACGCUUGGAUCGUCUGUUCCUUUUCAGGUGUCUCUGAGAGUUGCCUUAGCAACUUGACGUGGUAGUUGAAGCAGAAAUGCUAUUACCUACCGUCUUCAGUGGAAGGAAAAAUCUGCCUUAUUUCCAAAGCUGUUUUUACAUAUUUUGACUGCUUGUGCAAUACCUUUUACUUUUUCAUGUAUAGAAAAGAUGGAGACAUGCACGUAACCUCCACAUGUAUUUGCAGCAUGGUGUGGAAAGCAGUAUUUUUGGAGUGUACAUUUGGCUAUAAGCAAUAUAUGAGAUUGUUUCUUAGACUAAUAGAUAACCCCUAUGGGGAAGUUGUGAUGGUUUGAGAAGUCUGGUUCUGAGCCUUAGUAAAUGCUCAGGAAGACCAUAACAGGUUUGAUGAAUAAUAUGCAAUAGAUCCACGCAUGAAUAGAGUACAGCUUUCUUAAAUGUCUGUGUGGGUCUGCUCAAGAGCUCUGGCAUCUAAAACUACUCACAAGUUAAAGCAAAUUCUGAAGAGAAUUCAGAAACUUGUGAACAGAGUACAUUAGGAGUGAAGGGCUUGAUACGUAUGGGUUUAGCUCUUCAAAGAUCAGAAUGGUCCAGUAAAAUUGCAGUCAAAUGUAGCUAUUAUAAGUUAGUGACCUUGUUGGAGAUAUGGAGUCAGUCUUGACAUCAUUGACAUGCGAAAUGAGUAGAGUUGGUGCAUGACGGCUUAGUAGGAAAACAGAAAUAUGUGACGUGCUGAUGUUGCCUCAAACUCAAGCUGUCUUAAAAACGACACAGCAGAUUGUAUUUCUCCAGGCUGGUGACUUUAAACUGUACAAUACAGGGUUAACUACUAUGGGAUAAAACUAAUGCCUACAUUCCAGCCUGGGCAUAGCUGAGCCUGAUCCAAAAUCACUCUUAAGGGAGAGUUUAGCAAAAACUCAUCAGCCAUACAUUUCAGUUGGUAACGGCUUAGAACCCUCAUUUAGGAUGAGCACAGGUCUCCAUAGCUGAGGAAAGGCAACAGUUGUCCCCAGGAGUGUUGGGUUUUGCAAAGCUGGGUCAACAGUGGAAAGAACAGUUUACAAUUUUGCAUGCCUAGAAGAAUAUCAAAUUGCCUAGGUAAGAGCAUUGCUUCCAUGACAAGCCUGCUGCUUGGGAGAGGUCAUUUCCUUUCAAAUGUCACUUGUGAAAUGCUGUGCACCAGAUCUGAGGGGGAAAUCCAUUCAUCCACAUGUCUGGUGGGCCUGGAUUUCCCUUGCAGCAGAGGAGUGUCUGUUGACUGCAGAACUUGCAAUUGUCUCAUGGCUUCACAUGCAUAAACUGAUGCUUGUGAUCUGCGCCCUGGGGUUUUACACAGUUACUUGCUACUUGUACAUGUAUUAAAGACUGUUUUAUAUAUAUUUCAAAUGAAUGCUAGAUAUUUAAUGGACUGUUUUGUGUAGAUUGUAAUUUAAAAUAGAGUGAAACAAAGGCUUUUUUUUUUUUUUUCAAAUUUCACCUACCAAUGCUUCAAAUAAAGCAUGAUAACUGUUUUCCUCUUUA